AUGACUGACGAUAGUCGACGAAAGUGGGAUCGGUCUUAUUUUGAGAAACUCGCCGAGCAAAGAUCAACGGAGGAGCUAGAAGCACUUCGUAAUUCUCGUGCCGAGAAGGAGGCCCUCAAGCGCCAAGAUCUCAAGGCCCGUGAAUACACAGUAGAUCUUGAAUCUAACCUGAAUAAAUCACAAGUAAUUGCAAAAACUGGACCAGGUAGUUCCCAAGCUGGUUAUUAUUGCAAUGUCUGUGAUUGUGUGGUUAAGGACUCAAUUAACUAUCUCGAUCAUAUUAAUGGCAAAAAACAUCAGCGCAAUCUUGGAAUGUCUAUGCGUAUUAAACGUUCAACCCUUGAUGAGGUGAAGGGUCGUUUUGCCAUGCACAAAAAGGCCCAAGAACAAAAGGCACAGGAGUACAAUAUUGAUGAGAGAAUGAAACAAAUCGCAGAGGAAGAGGAAAAGUUGAAGGCUUAUAGAAAAGAAAAGAGAAAUGAAAGAAAGAGAAAGGUCGAAGAUCCUGAUUUAUUGGACGAGGAUGUUGCUUCUGUAAUGGGAUUUGGGGGAUUUGGUUCUUCCAAAAAGUCCCGUUAG